AUGGCUUACACCUUAUUGUUAAAGGUACUCCUACUACUGACACAUCUUGUUACCCUUCUGCUCGGAGCCCUAAUUCUGGAGCUGAUUCUAUUUUUUAGAAAAAAUAAUGAAAAACAGAUUCUUUUAUCAACUCUAUCAACGACCUCGUUCUUCAACUCACUCCAGGAUGAGGACCUAAUUUCAUUUCGGAGCCACUUUUUGAGCUCAUGGCAAAGGUUCGGAACUAUUGUAUUCGCAUCAACAUGUUUCUGCUCAAUAGGAUUCAUAUCCACAUUAUGUACAUUACAUUUCGCAGAAGAUGCGGGUGACUCGAACUUCUUAAAAUCCUUUUGGACCUUUGACGCAUUGUUAUGCUCAUUUAUACUAUUUUUCGUAAUCCCACUAGGGCUGUCAAACAAGUACGUGUCAAUGAAGAAGAGCCUUCAACUAAGCCAGAAGAUUCUAAGACCAAUGGCCUUCAUGCUGAUAUGGAUAGCAGUAGGCGUAGUUUUCGGGAACUUAGUGCUACACGACAUGUUUGGAUUUAUGGAAAACAACAAAGUAGGGUUCACAUUCACGUGCAUCUAUUACAUGUGCGGGUUCGGACUGUUCUUCGUGGCACUGUUGGUGGGAUUCUCAGGAAUUUAUUUCCCAUACCUACUGUACAUUAUAAAGAGAGAUGUCUCAUCAGUUAGACAACUAGAAAGACUAAUCUCAGACUGUAAUAAGGCUAAAAGAGACCUUAAGCUAAAAAUGAUAGAAAACAACGUAUAUUUCUCAGAAGAUGAGUCUGAAGAAGAAGAUGACAUGGUUAAUAUAGACCCAGAAUCACCAACAAGAAGUAAACAAAGGUUGGAUGAAAAUACACCUCACUCCUCUAGAGAAGGUAACCAAUUGCUAACGUCAUACCUACCAGCUGAAAUGUGUGUUAACUUAGAUCCUCAAGAGUUUGGAAACCGUUCAGUUCCAACUUCCAGAGUGGAAUCAUUUUUUGGUAAACUAAGAUCAAUGAAACUAAGAGUGUCCAGCACACUAUAUAGAUUAAAAUACUCUAAACAUAUAAGACAGCCUCCAUCAGAUCUACAAAUCACACUAGACUCAGGUUUUAACAUGUGGCUAAUGAUGAACCAACUUAAGAACGAUAUUGAGUACCUGAAUAUGCUUAAAAGAGAAAAGAAAGCAUCCUCUAAGCUUUCUGGUAAAAUUUUCAUAAUCAUUAAAGCCGUCGUUGCCUCUGGAUGUAUGAUCAACUGUUAUAAAAUUUGCAAAAGAGGCAUUUUGAUGCUUUUUAGCAACUAUAGCAGUAAACUGACGAGAAUCGAGAACCAGAAGAUAAUAACCAAAGUCUAUUACGUCUUCAUGAGGGAUGAAAUCGUCUCUUCAAUCAUUAACGAAGUUCUGGAAAACGUGCAAUUACCAACAGCCUUUGACUUCUUGAUCUCGAGGGCUAAUUCAAUCUUCCUUGCAUGUGUCAUGAUAUCUUCUGUAGGAUACUUUCUAGAUUUCGCCAGAGUUAUGCUUAAAACCAAGUACCUGCAAAAGACUAAACUCCUUUCAGAUAAUACACUCGGCCUUGCAUUCGCCUGCUUCAUGGUACUCACAUUCCCUUCCCAGUUCUUCCUGGUAGUUCCAUUCCUUCCCAAACAACUCAAGCUUACUUUACUCGAUUAUCUGUUCCAAAAUGAUAUUUUCGUUUGGUUUGGGCUGAGGUACCGAUUUGACAUUAUUGUCUUGGCCACCAUUCUAUUAACUUUUGUUGGCGUGGUUUGUCUCCACUACUCUCGCUCCUUUAACAAAUUCAACUAUCAAGUUGGCUGUAACAUUUAA